UAAUCAAUUCUGACUUUUUCUGCUAGAUGUCAUAGCAAUCGGGAAAACUGUCAGUUUUUUUGUUUACAAAAUAUCCAGAAAUCUCAGUUAUUGUUUUUCUAUUAAAAAUGAGUGAAAAUGAAUCCUUUUGCAUUCCCUGUGCAGACACGGAUGAUUGGGAACCUACUCCGGAGGAGCUGGAAGCAGCAUAUGUGCAAUUAGAGAAGGGAGCAGUGUUGGAAUUGGAAUGGAAGUGUCCCGGGCGGCGGAAGCUCCCAUCACCGACUCUUGCAGAAGAUAAUCCUCCGAUUUCCGAUCAAUCGGAUAAGGAAGCCAGUGGAAAUACUCAAUUCAACAAAGAAUUUGAUUUCAUGGAUGAGACUCCAUUGACCACAACCCAGAUGCGUGUAAGAACACCAAAUGCAACUCCUAAGAAGAAAAAGACUACAAAUUUUGCCGGUGUACUCGAUACGAUGAAGAAACACGGAAGAUUUCUGCCGACACCCGGCAAGAAGGAGCCCACGUCAGAGAAUUAGCCUAAUCUUUCGCAAUUUCCGCUCUAUCGUACAAUCUCAUCGGACCCAAUUGGCCCAGGGUAUCAUAUUGAUAAUUUUGGGUACAAGUGAAUUUUGCAACAAUCAUCACUCUUUCGCAACGCACCUCCUGAGCUGGAACAAUUAUUUUUCGAGCACUGAGAUAAGAUAUUGAGUCAACGAGCAAACCCACAAAACAUUCCCGUCGCAGUCACUGUGAACUCGACACUCGACCGAGUCACUAGAGACCUCAACUGAUCCCGCUGUUCACUACCCCGGCUAACGUCUCCAAGAUCACCCAAUUCUUAGACUUGUGUUCGCGUGAAAAUUUUCCAACAUUGAAAGUGCAAGAGGUGUGAGACGUAAGAAGAAGAAGAAAAGGUUGGAAUAUAAUUUUUUUUUCGUAUUUGAGUGAAAAAUGACGACCCAUGGAACUAAUUCGGCAGAAACUGUACCAAUGGCAACAAUUCCAUCAACUUCUGCAGCAGC